CGUGAGACCACCCCACUCGAUUUGACCCCGCCCCCAAAACACCGCCAUGGCCGCACUUCCGCUCUUGGCGCUGCUGGCGCCCCUUCACGUGCCCGCUGCGACCGCGGCAUCGGCGGUGGGCUGGGUCUACUUCGCGGAUCCGGAGCCGCCCGACUGGGAGCGCGUGGACUUCGAGGCCUUGGACGUUUUGGUCGUGGGCCCUCUGGGGCUCCAGCACUGCGGCGACACGCCGGAGCUUCAGCGCAGCUUCCCCUGGCGCCCGCGCUUCCACUGCGGCGGCUUUGGGGUCGCAGCGCCUCGGAUGUCGCGAGUCGCGGCGUCGAGCCGCGGCGCUGAUAUUUGCGGAUGGGAGUGGCUCUGCAGCGACGCCUGUCCCGGCAUCGCGCUGCAGCCCUGCGCCCGCUGCUGCGACCUCCGCUUGGAGGGCGCUUGCGGGCGGGAGGAGUGCUGCGACCCGGUUGCGCUGGGCCGCCGAGGCGUGGCGGCCUACCGGAUCUUCCUGGCCUCCGAGGUGGCCCUGCUCCACUUCCGCGGCUGCGGGAUCCGGUGCGCCGUGUACGCCGACCGAGUUCAGGUGGCGGAGCACGAGGGCAGCUACAGCCCCUUUUGGGUGGACCUGACGGACUUCACGGUCGCAAGCGGCCCGAAGAGGGAGCUGCUGGUGCUGGCGGACAACCGCUUCUCCAGGUCCGCGAAGCCCCACUUCGAUUGGCUGCAGCAGGGCGGCCUUUUGCGCCCGGUCGAGGCGCACGUGCUGCAACAGCCGCCGCUGCGGAUCGUUGCACUGGCCGUGCAGCUGGAUCUGGGCGGAGUGAAGGUGUCCCUGAAGCUCUCGCAGAGCUGCCGUGGCCUCGGCGAGAGGCGGAUCCGGCUCCGCCUGGGUGCUGCGGAGUGGGUGGAGCGGAGGGUCCAGGUGGAGGAUCAGUGGCUGGAGCCCGUGGGCGGCUUGGCUUUGUGGAGCCUGGGCGCGCCUGCGCUGCACACUGCCACCGCCUGGCUCUACGGAAGCGGAGCCCAGGAGCCCCUGGAUGGGAUAGCUGUGCGCUUUGGCCUGCGGCGCGUGGAGGCGAAGCGCGGCCAGGUGCUGAUCAACGGGGAGCCGGUGAGGCUCCUAGGCGUCAACCGCCACGAGAGCCAUCCACUGGGGGGGAUCUACCUGUCGCAGCAGCAGCUGCAAGAAGACGUCCAGCUCCUGAAGGAGCUGGGCGCCAACUUUGUGCGUGGAGCCCACUACAGCCAGGACCAGCGCUUCUUGGACCUCUGCGAUGAGGCCGGGAUCCUCUUCUGGGAGGAGACCGCGGCGUGGCAGCCGAGCCUGGAGGAUUUGCAGGAUCCGGAGUUCAUGGCGCAGCAGGCGCAGGCGCUUGAGGAGACCAUCGGGGCGUCCAUCAACCACCCCAGCGUCAUCAUCUGGGGCUUCCUCAACGAGGGCGCCGCAGACACCCCCGCGGCGCGGCCCGCCUACGCGCGCCUGGCGGCCCUGGCGCGGGCGCUGGACCCCCUGCGGCUGGUGGCCUGGGCCUCGAGGCACAAGACCCGUGACGUGACGCUGGACUUGGCGGACCUCAUUGCUUUCAAUGACUACCCAGGCUGGUACGACUCCUCCGUCCUGGAGAUCCCGUCCACCUGGCUCAAGUACGCCGAGUGGGCCAGAGCGAGCCAUCCAGGCAAGCCGCUGUUGUUGGCGGAGGCCGGCGCGGGCGGCCUGGCUGGCUGGCGCACGGGCGGGGAGGAGAUGUGGUCUGAAGACCUCCAGGCCGCCAUCACAGGCGCCACGGUGGCGGCAGCCCUGGCGGCGGGCUUCGCCGGCAUAGCGCUGUGGCAGUUCGCGGAUUCCCGGGUGGACCUGGCGCUCUUCGAGCAAGAGACGGGCCUCUGGCCGGAAGCGGCGCCCCUGGUGAACGUCUCCGUGCAAGCGGGCUGGAUGGAGCAGCUGGCCGUGGGGUAUCAGACCACCAACGGGCUCCUGGGCCGAGCGCUGCGACCCCGGGGCCUCAACAACAAGGGCCUGGUCUCCAUCUCCCGGCAGCACCGCAAGCUGGCCUUCUAUGCAGCCCAGGAGGCCUUCCUCCCCUCGUCCUCGCUGCCUCUCUUCGGGCUCCUCCCGGCGGAGACGGAGCUCUGCGAGCUGCGGGCCGUGGGAGGAGGUUGCGCAGGCUGCGCUUUGGCCGUCCAUACUUGGAACGCUGCUGAUAGGCCUUUGGGGGAGUUGGGCCUGCGCGCCCACGGGCACCGGGCCAAAGGCCGCGCGGGGCGCUGGACGCUGCAGCGGGGCCUCAUGCGGCUGGCAGGGGAUGCCUAG